AUGGUCCCUACAAGUUCGCCUUUCCAGAGUUGGAUACUGGAAGAGCAUGUGCCGACGGUGAAAAUACCGGUGCACAUCACUUACGAUGGCAUCUCGGACCCGAAGGAUCACAUUGCCUCAUAUGAGGGGCACAUGUAUCUUAACCCUAGGUCCGAGGCUACUUGGUGCAAGUACUUUCCAACGACCCUCAAAGGUGUUGCACAAUCGUGGAUCACCAAAGGGGUAAAAGAAGGCUCUAUCUCUGGUUGGAGUGAUCUUUCCAACAAAUUCAAGAGCAAAUUUUCCACUGCUAACCACCUAGAAAAGAUAAUUGCAAAACUUAUGGGUUUGCAGCAAGCCGAAGGUGAAAGCCUCCGCGAUUACUUGACUCAGUUCAGCAACGAGUCAUCCAGCAUUACAAGCCUGGAUCAAGGCCUUGUCGUAUUUGCACUACGGAAUGGUCUUCAAGUUGGAAAAUUCCUGGACUUCAUGAUCUACAGCACGACAAAGGACAAGGGGAGAUUCAAGAAGCCUCGCCCGUUGCCACCAUGGCAUCAGCAGAAGGGCAAAGACCGAUGGUGCGAGUUCCAUGAAUCAUCUGGACAUCGUACCGAGGACUGCCUUCAGCUGGAAGACCAGAUUGAGGAUUUGGUGCGGAAGGGCUACCUGAAAAAGUAUCUCGUGGACCGCCGCGAGGAAAAGAAAGCCGAGAGAGACUAUCGGCAAGAUCUUGACAUUCUCAGGAAAAAAGACAAGCAGCAAGACAAAGACACCCUCGAUAUUCUUGUUAUCUCCGGAGGAAAGUCUCGGGGCCUAGUAAAACGCCACUUGAGGGGUUUGACCCACCAAGUCAAUCAAGCUGAGCUCCAGGCGCCCCAGUCUCCGGUGCCGAACAUCCUGUUCACAGCCGAAGACUUUGAGGGGGUGGUGUAUCCCCAUGAUGACCCAUUGGUGAUAGUAAUGGGUAUUGCAAACCGCAACGUCUGGCGAACUCUCGUUGACGGCAGUAGCAGGGCGAAUAUCCUCUUUCGGGGAGCAUUCAACCAGCUGAAGAUAGAGGCCAAGAUCCUAACUCCGGUACCAUUCCCGGUAUCAGGAUUUAACGGCUCCUCAUCAUAUCCAGAUGGGAAGAUUCUCUUCACCAUCACCAUCGGCAAAGGCCGAGCAGUGCGGAGCAUCAUGGUCGAAUUCUUGGUCAUAGAUGCACCUUCUGUGUAUAAUGUGAUCAUGGGGAGACCCCUCAUUCACGACAUCCAAGGAGUCGUAUCAACGUACCAUCAAACAAUGAUAUAUGUUUCGGACGAGGGGCACUCCGAAAAAUUAAAGGGCAGCCAAAAGGAAGCCUAG